AUGUCCUUGCCUCCACAUUCAUCAUCAACCUCACAGUCGUCCUCGUUGACAGCAGCCACCUCAGCAACCACUCCCAGUCAGUCUGUAAGCUGGAGUUUGCAGAAUUUCCCUGUGCCUUUGCAGUUACACGCCCGCAUUCCAAGAUCACCCUUGUCCGUUGCCCAGGAACUGCUCCCAAACUUCCCAACGAACCUGGUACAACAGUACAGCUAUAGCAGUCCUCAGCAGCAACUGCAGCAGUACCAGAUGAGCCUGCAGCAGCGCCUUCAGCAGCAGUUCCAACAUCAGCUUCAGUUGAACCUCCAAGGAGGAGGGGAGUCGUCUGGUCCCGUCCUGCCAGAACCUCCCGACACCAUAUUAGACAUGGAUCUUCCGGGAGGAGGUUCAGGGGAAGGGAUGAUGAACUCCAGCUCUAACAACUCAGGUCUGAGAUCUCAGUUUCUUGAAGCCCUCUUUAGAAGUGCCCAGUCUGCAUCUUCUCAUCAGAGAAGCCCUAAUGAUCUUGGAGGAUUCAUUUCACGCGGUGCUUCUGGUCAUUCAAACUCACACAGUCACGGGCACCAUCACCAUAACUACCAGAGUAAUGAGUCUGAUGGCUCUGGUAGAUUUUCUUCUAGCACUAAUGGCAAUGGUCUUGGAGGGCCUGGGGUAGGAAUGGGCCCUCAUGGAGCUGGAAUAGGUGCAGGAGGAACUGGAGUAAGUUCUCCAGGUGCAGCUAGAAGUGACACUGGUCAGCCCAAUGGGGGGAUUCAGCAAGGUGCUGAGCUGACGCUACUGUACAGAUGGAUAGCAGAGUCCGGGAUUUUUAUCAUUCUUCUUCUUCUUCAUUUCCUCUAUGACCACAGAUUGGGGUUAUUAGUGUUUUUAUGCUUGGGCGGCACUUUUUACUACACCAACAUGAAACUUGUACAUUCUAUCCAUCAGUCUGCUGUCAGGGAACAAAGCAGGUCUUGGACAAGCCUACUCACUCUCCUGUGGCUGUGUGGGUUCCUGAUAUUGAACAUUGCUGUACUGUACUAUGUCUUCAGCGAGCAGCAACUGUGGAAAUUACUGUUCUUCCAAAUGGCUGUGGUUGCAGACAUCUCUGUUUGGACACUGUUGUGGUGCGUGGUGAUGACUGACUACGUCAUCAAAUUUCUCACAGUCAUAGCCAAGUCUCUGCUGGCCAUGAUGCAACCCUGCAGCAAGAAGUACAGGCGCAGAGGCAAAUACUAUCAUCUGGUGGAAAUGAUCUCUCAACUCUACCGACAAGCAGUCACAGUCGUGCCUUGGUUAUAUUAUCUCAACGACAGCACACGCACCAGUGUUUGGUUUGCUUUCAGCACAGAGGCCGUCUAUCUGGGCUUUAAGGGAUGGUCUAUAUGGGGUGCUGUGCAGGUUUUAUAUUCUUCCUUCCAGAGGUUUCAGUCAAACACGUCAUUCGGGACCAAGCCUAGCUCCAGCGAUAUGUUGGAGAGGGGAAAUCACUGCCCCAUUUGUCAGGAAACAGUUAAUGAACCUGUUAUGUUGCCGUGCAAGCAUAUAUUCUGUGAGCAGUGUGUCUCCAUUUGGUUUGACCGAGAAAAAACGUGUCCCAUGUGUCGGGCGGAAAUUACAGCAGAGUCACCCAUGUGGAGGGACGGAAACACCAGUCCCCAUUUACAGUGGCACUGA